CGCGCAUGACGCUCCUGCCCCUACCGCAUCCGGAAGGUAGGGCUUAGGGCUGCGCGGGGCCCGUGUCCGCCGAUAAGCCUUAUCGGCACGCCGUUUUCUUAUCUGGAAGAACUCCCCGCAUCGCCUUUUUCGAGUCAUCACCGUCUUUUCCCCUCUCCCCGCCAUCCCCCGGACACUCAAGACAAUGGCUUCUACAGUAGACACGCCAAUCCCCUUGUGGCUGGACUGCGAUCCUGGCCACGAUGACGCCUUUGCCAUUCUUCUUGCAGCCCACCACCCCUCGUUGAAACUUCUCGGCAUUACCACCAUCCACGGCAAUGCCUCUUUGGAAAACACCACCAUCAAUGCCACUCGCGUUCUAGAGGCGAUUGGCCGGCCAGAGAUCCCCGUCUAUCCAGGAAGCAAGAAGCCUUUCUGCAGACCCGCGCUCCAUGCGCCCAAUAUUCACGGUGACUCUGGUCUCGAUGGCACUGAGCUCCUGCCCAAGGCCUCGAGAGCCCCGAUUACGGACCAGAACCCCAUCCUGGCCAUGCGGGAUGCCCUCAUGGCGCAGCCCAAGGGUACCGCCUGGGUUGUCGCAACCGGAACCCUGACCAACGUUGCCCUGCUCUUUGCGACUUUCCCCGAGGUCGGAGAGCACAUCCAGGGUCUGACAAUCAUGGGUGGCGGUGUUGGUAAUGGGUUCACCACUGCUCCUAUGAGCCGACUUGUGGGCCAAGAGAACCGGAUCGGUAAUGUGACCCCUCUGGCUGAGUUCAACAUCUACUGUGACCCCGAGGCCUCCCAAGCCAUCUUCAGUGACCCUGUUGUCUCAUCCAAGACGACCCUGAUCGCCCUCGACCUCACCCACCAAGUGCUUGCCACGAAGAGCGUGCGUAACCUUGUCCGGCACGGCGUGGAUGAUGCCUCUAUUGAGCCAACUACUCUUCGUCAGAUGCUUUAUGAGCUCCUUAUCUUCUUUGCAUCCACUUACGAAGAGGUCUUCGGUCUCGCCACCGGCCCCCCACUCCACGACCCUCUUGCCGUGGCUGUAAUCUUGUCGACCCUGAACCCGCUGUACGCGAAGAAUCAUCCCGAUCAGGUCCUGAAGUUCGAUGAACGGGACGGGGAGCGCUUCGCUGUCGAUGUCAUCACAGAUGGUCUCCAUGGAACGGACGUUGCGCUGGUGGGCUCCCUGGGUCGCACCGUCGUCAAGGAUACUCCGAAUGCGGUCUGUAUUCCUCGCGGGGUGGAUCUGGAUGCCUUCUGGAACAUGAUCAACGACUGCAUCAGACGUGCAGAUGAGUGCAAUGCCGCGCGCAAGGCGUGAGUUAGUUUUGAUACCUGAACCGUUUGGCCAUAUUCUUCCAAAUAGAUGACAUAAUUGAAAUAGACUUUGAGAUUAAUUUGUUCAAGAGUAUAUAGAAGCGGUAAA